AUGUCUUCGACGAGCCGCGCCCUUCGACAAAGUAGUGGCGGUCGCACGACCUACCAACGAGAUUCCCGCCGCGUCCCCACCUCUUCCCAGACCAUCGCGCUUUCAGCUUCGACGGAGCUAUCUGACACUGAACCCAUUCCUGUCUUACGAUUACGCGGUGCCUCGCUUGAUAACUCUACCGCCACCACUCGCUCUAUCCGCUGGGACGAGAGUGUCGUGAACAAUGAGGGGAUGGGGAAGAAGAGCAGUAAAGUUUGCUGCAUAUACCACGCACCUCGCGAGUUUGGCGAGUCAUCCGAGGAGAGCAGCAGCGAUAGCGAUAGUAGCGAUACGGAUGAACCUCAUAAAAACGGCGCCGUCUCCAAUCGAACGCAAGGUCAUGCCCAACCAACGAAGGGAAGGCAACCUGCAUGCGGAGGAAUCAAGAAGAAGCGACGACCGAAUGCCUACGAAAAGACCUCAAAGCCCCGUAAGGACGAUAGAGAUCAAGAGCCUGCUCCUACAACUGACCCAUCACUUGCCUGCUAA